UUCUAGGAGAGUUCUAUUCUAUAGCUCACUUUAAAAGCUACAAAUUCGAUUGGAAUAUCUUUCAAAUAGCCUCAUAUCUUCAAUAUGUUAGCUAAUGCCAACAUUAUCUCCUGCAACUUUUCUUCCUUCACAUCUUCCACUCUCAAUGGCCCAAAACUCAGAACUUCACUGCAAAGCCAAAACCUUAAACCCAGAAUCUCAUUUCUCAAAACAACCUCAAAAUUUUCAGCUUUUCUCAAACCCCAUAAUCAUACAAGUUCCAUCUUGGAAUUUCAGAUAAAGGGUCUUGUUCAAAUUUGUCAUAGUAACUUAACAAAUCAGAACUCAGAAGACCCAGCUGUUGAAAAAGGAGAUUCCUUGGAAGGUGGGGUUGGUGGGAGCGGAAAUGGAGGAGAGGGAUGGAACUGGUCAACCUCAAUUUUACUCUUGGUGUUGUGGGGAUCACUCAUGUACUAUGUUUUCAAUCUCACACCAAAUCAGACCCCGUCUAGGGACAUGUAUUUCUUGCAAAAACUACUGAAUUUGAAGGGAGAUGAUGGCUUUAGGAUGAAUGAAGUGCUUGUGUCUCUGUGGUACAUAAUGGGUCUGUGGCCUUUGGUUUAUAGCAUGCUGCUGCUCCCAACAGGUAGAAGCUCAAAAAGCAAAAUUCCAGUCUGGCCAUUCCUAAUACUUUCAUGCUUUGGUGGGGCAUAUGCUCUUCUUCCCUAUUUUGUACUUUGGAAACCACCACCACCUCCUGUUGAAGAAACCGAGAUCAGAAGAUGGCCUCUGAAUUUUCUGGAAUCAAAAUUAACUGCAGGGAUAUCACUUGCUGCAGGACUAGGUAUAAUUGUUUAUGCAGGUUUGGCUAAUUGGGAUGACUGGAAGGAAUUUGCCCAGUACUUCAGGGAAAGCAAAUUUAUCCAUAUCACGUCCCUUGAUUUCACUCUACUAUCUGCAUUUGCUCCAUUUUGGGUCUACAAUGAUAUGACUGCCAGGAAGUGGUUUGACAAAGGUUCUUGGCUUCUUCCCUUAUCAGCGGUACCAUUUUUAGGCCCGGCGUUGUACCUUGUCCUAAGGCCAUCACUAACAACAAUGCCUAUUUCACUAAACCCCACUACAUCCAAGUCUGAAUGAGAAUCACAUUCUUUGAGUCACAUAAGAUAUUCACAUUCUUUGUGCUAAUGUCAAUCGCUUCGCUUGGCGACUUUAUCAUUGUAUGGAGAAUGAAGCAUAGCCUGUGUUUAAAAUGUAAAAUCAGCCUUUAUGUAAAAAAAAAAAUUGAAAUGCCAUCAUUGAUAACAUGCCUGAAAUGUUUACAACUUGUUUGGGAGGGAGGAAUGGAAUAAAAUGGAUUCAUAAAGAAUAUUUCAUUUGA